CGUGACUACUUCACUAUGGUACGACGAGAGAAUCCUCUGCGUGAUAGCAGAUGUUGUGUGCGCUACAGGAAAACAGCAGACUGCGACAUGCCCGCGACCUCUACAGAAUGGUGCUAUGAUUUGCCGGAAAUUCCGUGGACGACGAGGCUGAUGCUUCUUAGGGGUUCCCUCUUGCGAUAGGAGAAGCCCGCAUACAGAAUCCACAACAAAUAGCUAGGUGCUUUAUAUGAGCCGACGGAAACUAUCACGUAUGGUCCAGAAUCGCCACGCGAAGUGACUCGUUCUCGAACGUCGAAACCGCACCCAACAAAUUCUUCACUAACGACUGGCUCGUCAGCAUGCUAGAAACAUGGAGAUUCAAGCCCGCAGCCUGGUCGGUGGGACCGCCUCCGGAGAACUUCUCGUGUCAGAUACUAGCUUAAGCUUCUGGGGUGGGAUCAACUCUGAGAUUGGAGUAAUAGUCGACCAACAUCAUCCUCUUAGGGGUGAGUGCAUUACAGGUCGAAUCUUUGCUAUACCGUCCGGUCGCGGAUCGUGUACCGGAAGUGGCGUUUUACUCGAACUCCUGUUACGCAAGCAAGCGCCAGCUGCUUUGAUAUUUCAGCAUGCCGAACAGAUACUCACACUAGGUGUUAUGGUCGCCAGGGCGCUGUUUGACCAGUCCAUUCCUGUGCUGGUCCUAUCCGCAGACGCGUUCUCUUCACUUCGGAGUGGAUCAACUGCAGUCAUCAUAGAUUCGGCGUUGACCAUCGGACAUGCUGUCCCGCCAGCUUCACCUUCUCCAUCGUUGACGAAGAUGCCUCGAAGAACUGUCCAACUCACUACUAAGGACAAACGCAUGCUUGAAGGAGCGUACGGGCCGGCAGCGAAGCUGGCGUUGACCAUUUUGGUCGACGUGGCCGAGAUGCAAGCCGCCGAGACGUUUCUGGAUGUCACUCAAGCACACAUUGAUGCUUGCAUCUACAUCGGACCCGCAAGUCUGGAAUUCGCGGAGAGAUUUCUAUCGUUAGGCGCCAAAUUUAUGGUCCCCACGACACUGAACUCAAUAUCUAUCGACCAACGGCGUUGGCAAGAGAUAGGUAUGGAUCCUGCGAUCGCUCAGGAAGCUCACAAGCUCGCCGAGGCGUACAUGGCCAUGGGCGCCAGUAUGAGCUUCACUUGUGCGCCAUAUCUCCUGGACACUGCACCCAAAAGCGGCGAACAUAUUGGCUGGGCUGAGUCCAAUGCAGUGGUGUUUGCCAACAGCGUUCUUGGAGCACGUACACAGAAGUACCCAGACUUCCUCGACGUUGCCAUUGCACUUACGGGGCGUGCACCAGCUGCUGGAUGCCACUUACAGGAACAACGUCUGCCAAAACUGAGGAUCAACGUGCGGCAGUCUCUUGGAGCAGAUGAUGCGUUCUACCCGUUACUGGGCUAUCAUGUUGGUAAGUUGGCCGGGCCUGACAUUCCUCUCAUAAUCGGCAUCGAGCACGCAAGUCCAACGAUAUCAGACCUGAAGGCAUUCGGAGCAGCAUUUGCUACAACAGCAUCAGCACCAAUGUUCCACGUACAAGGCGUAACUCCUGAAGCAGUCAAUACCAGGAUGGCCAACACGGACUUACCGAGUUUUGAGGUCACGAAUGGUGACCUGAUUGAAUGUUGGCGUCAGCUAAACACCGCUACUGAACCUUCGGUCGGGCUCAUCUCCCUAGGGAACCCUCAUUUCUCGCUGGACGAGUUUGCGAAGCUUGCUGCUCUCUUGACGGGUCGGAAGAAACAUGGCGGCGUUGAGGUCGUGGUGACCACGAGCCGCGCCGUUGCGGACGAUGCUUCUAAGGCUGGAUACAUCGGUGACCUUCAGUAUUUUGGGGGAAGCGUAAUCACUGACACUUGUUGGUGCAUGCUGGGAGAGCCCGUGAUACCCUUAAAUGCGAAGAACAUCAUGACCAACUCCGCAAAAUAUGCUCAUUAUGCACCAGGUAUGAUACAACGAAAGGUGCACUUUGGCAGUUUGUCGAGAUGUAUCGAGGCUGCUUGUAGCGGGGUGGUCACGCGAGCACCUCCUGUCUGGCUUAGAACACGAGAUUUAGAGCUGGAGUACACAACUUAAUACACCGAGGGGAAUACUAGGCUGGUGAUGGUGAUGGUGAUGAUGGGUGAUGAUGUGUCAACUGGGAUAUCUAAAAUGUCAAUUCGAUCUGGAAUUCAUGCACAGACAUGACUGUGCCCCAGGAGGACGGUUUGCGUCAUCUGGGGUUGCGAGGAC